AAAAAGGGUAAAUUACGGUUAGCCCCUUGACGUAAUGUCAAAUUACGAGAAAACCCUACAACAAAAGUUCAUCAGUCAAAUAGGUACAAGAGUAGUUAGAAAGAGGAGCUAAAUUUUGUCUUUUGCCCCCAAAAAUAUUGAACUGCUGAUCGCAAUUCGCAGAGAGAGAGAGGGAGAGAGAUGGAGUGGUGUGUAUCGAUGCCGAAGAUUGAAUUACAUGCUCAUCUAAAUGGCUCCAUUAGAGACUCCACUCUGCUGAAACUUGCUAGAGAAUUGGGUGAGAAGGGAGCUAUUAAUUUCCCAGACGUGGAGCAUGUUAUACUGAAAAAUGAUCGAUCGUUCAAGGAAGUGUUCAAGUUGUUCGACUUAAUUCAUAUUCUUACUACCGACCACAAAAUUGUUACUAGGAUGACCAAAGAGGUUAUUGAAGAUUUUGCUGAUGAUAAUGUUGUUUACUUGGAACUAAGAACUACUCCAAAGAACAAUGAUUCUAAAGGAAUGAGCAAGCGCUCGUACAUGGAAGCAGUUCUAGAGGGCAUAAGAUCUGUUAAUUCGGUUGAGGUGGAUCUUUGUCAUAAACUGAAAGAAGAUACUUCUGCACAUUCCCACACUGUGGAUGAUAUCUGUAAUAAUAAAACUCGAAGAAAGAAGAUAUACGUGGGGCUACUGCUCAGUAUCGACCGCCGUGAAACAACUGAAGCUGCAAUUGAAACUGUGAAGCUUGCUUUGGAAAUGAGAGAUUUGGGAGUAGUGGGCAUAGAUCUUUCCGGAAACCCUGUCAUUGGUGAAUGGCUGACAUUCUUACCAGCUUUGGAGUUUGCUAAAGAGCAAGGACUUCCAAUUACUCUACACUGUGGCGAGGUACCCAAUCCAGAUGAAAUCCGUGCAAUGCUAAACUUUCUUCCUAGGAGAAUCGGACAUGCUUGUUGCUUUGAAGAUGAUGAGUGGAAUCUCUUAAAAAGGCUCAAGAUUCCGGUGGAGAUUUGUUUGACAUCCAACAUUAUAACUGAAACGAUUGCUUCUGUAGAUGUUCAUCAUUUUGCUGAUUUAUAUAAAUCAAACCAUCCGUUAAUAUUGUGCACGGAUGAUUGUGGGGUUUUCUCUACCAGUAUAUCUGCUGAGUACGCACUAGCCUCGUCUACAUUUGGUAUUGGAAAGAGGGAAAUGUUCGAGAUGAAUGACAGGGCGAUUGAUUUCAUUUUUGCAUGUGAUAGAGUAAAACAAGAACUGAAGACUAUGUUUGCUUCAGGUCUUAGUGAACUCCUCAACUUAUAGCCGUAAUUUUCAUCCAAGGCUUCAAAAGACUUUGCUUACGACAACAACAGUAACUGCUAAUGGCGAAUUCUGUACUUGUUCCUUGGUUUCUGUGAACGAAUAUGUUUCGAUUUUGUUCUCGAUUUUCACUUGUCUGGAAUCCAAUGUAAUUAUGUAUGUCGAACUCCGGUGGCGAUGAAGACAACUUUGAAGAAACGGUAUAUUGAGGUCAAUAUUUUAGUUAUUUUUCAAUCCA